GAGGAUACACAACCCACUGAGAGGUAUAUAAGCCCUAUAAAGCUCCAGACCAGAACAUCCUCAGCAGCAGCACUCAGCAGCAUUAACUCUUCUCACAACAUUUCCAAUCAUGUCUGACAACCAGUACAGCCUCAAAGUCUACAUCUCCGACGAAUCCUUGACUGCACUCAAGGAAUACGGAUACAGACUUUGCAUCGCAAAGGAAGUAAACGGCAAAUACAACGUCGUGUUCCAAGGUGUAAACAAACUAUUGUUCCAGAACACGUUCCGAUUCGAAGACCGUUACCGCGUCUUUGGCACGAACUCGUUCUCAGACGGCGCGUUGGUAGAGGCAUCCACGAAGAAGAACCCAAUCUUGGGAGGUCAAGAGAUCACAUUGAGCUCCGCUGGCGUGUUCGGCCCUGCAUCUGGGCCAGUGAAUCCUGCAGCAGGAUUCACUGUUCACAACCAGUACACGGACCCCAUCCACUUCGGUGUUGACGCGCUUAUCGGCAGCGAGUACAGUUCCAUCUACGUUGCUGAGAAACCAGUUCUGUCUGGAGACGUCUUCUUGACGCCCAAGAAGAAACUCUUGGUCUGGUUCGAGCAGAACCUCGAGACGGACAUGAUGAUCUCGCGCGCCAUCACCAACUCCAUACGGCUCGACUUUACGAGCACCAGCGACAUUAUAAUCAACUACACGGCACCAAAAGAUGCACCUGCUAAAGGAGUCUGGUCAUAUGGACCUCUCGUGGUGCUUGGACAGACGUACCACCCAGAGACGAACACAUUUUCUUUGACCCCGGCUAUUCUGCCGACUGCCGAGGAGCUGGUUCAGUUGACCAAGCUGUUGCAACUUGAACCUCCCUCCCAGAGCGGUGGCCAUCUUGCCAUUACGAAUGGUGAUGCUCAGGGCAAAAAUUAAAUCGUCGGUUCAGGGUUCGCCUUCUAACGGUUUAUUCGACUUGACUUGAUUG